AUGGAGAGAGGGGAGGGAAGGGUGAGAGAGGGGGGAGAAAGAGAGGACGAAGAGGAGAGGAUAAAGAGGGAGGUCAUAGAGGUAGAGGUGGACAAAGUGAGAGAGAGGAGAGAGGAGGCUGAGAGAAGGGAGGAAGAGGACAAGAUGAUGAGGAGGGAGGGGGAGAGGAAGAGGCUGGAAGGUCAUGGCAGGGAUCUGGUUCCAUCACCACGGUAA